GAAGCAGAAAAGCGAGUAAGCGCGAUGGCCCGAACCAAGCAGACCGCCCGCAAGUCCACCGGAGGGAAGGCUCCCAGGAAGCAGCUGGCCACCAAGGCCGCCCGCAAGAGCGCCCCGGCUACCGGCGGAGUGAAGAAGCCUCACCGCUACAGGCCCGGCACCGUGGCUCUGCGGGAGAUCCGCCGCUACCAGAAAUCCACCGAGCUGCUCAUCCGCAAGCUGCCCUUCCAGCGCCUGGUGCGAGAGAUCGCCCAGGACUUCAAGACCGACCUGCGCUUCCAGAGCUCCGCCGUCAUGGCUCUGCAGGAGGCCAGCGAGGCCUACCUGGUCGGCCUCUUCGAGGACACCAACCUGUGCGCCAUCCACGCCAAGAGGGUCACCAUCAUGCCCAAAGACAUCCAGCUGGCCCGCCGCAUCCGCGGAGAGAGGGCCUAACCGCGCACACGGCCUCCGCACGGAACCAACGGCUCUUUUAAGAGCCACCGACGUGCCGACAAGGACAAACUUCCUGCUUCACGUUGAGCCACAGCUGUGCGAACACACGACACGACACAAACGCAACACAAACACUGACUUCAACACGUUCACACGCUUCAGGAGAACAUUUACACGACACGAGACGAAUCCACAACACGAACCGCUGCGCUCGAACACUGCCACCUGCUGGCGGUGUUACAAAUCACUGCUGUUAAGAUGCACCAAUUAUUGUCUAGCCUCAGGAAACAAACCCUUCAUUCAUUCAUUAGGAAAUCAGAGAAUUGAUUUAACCGCCUUAUUCAGAUGCUUGCGUCACUCACUUCUUCACUGCAUUUUAUUUUUAUAAACCAACUGAACAAUAAGCAAGGAAGAUUUUAACAAAAACCUUGCAAACACUAAACUCACCAAGUUGCAGCAUUUUCACGACUCGACCACGUUGAACCUGGACUGAAAGUGGCUGCAGAGCACGAAGCAUCAGCACGGGAACACGGGAACAUGAGAACCUAGACUUGGACUGACUUUAUUGUCAUUUUGCAAGCACAGGGUGUAUACAGAACGGGGUUCCAGUGUUAUGAGGUUCCUCCAGAAUAAAAUAAAAUAAAAUAAAAUAAAAGAACGCUGCAAAAACACUGAUUUCAUGGCCAUGUCUAAAUCUGCUUGGGCUUUAAUCCACAAAGGAGGUCAACAUGUGCAAAGGUGGAUCAAGAUGUGGAGCUCUUUCGAUCGGGGUGGAUUUAAAAAGCUCCAAUAUCUGAGAAAUUACAUGAAUAAAUGAACGUUGACAAAGCUUAAGGCCAGCAGAGUCGGAAACUGUCCAGCUUAAAACCUGACGUGUGAAGUGGGUCUGUUGAAAACCCGCUGUCCACAUGAAGCAGGGCCAACGGUAACUACUGGAUUAUUAAACCUUUCAUUUUACACAUUUGAACCGAAAUGAAGUCAACACAAGUGAUGGUUCUGAUCGGACAGGCUUUUCUCCCAGGUCCAUUUGUGUGGC